CGAGUGACGUCACUGCUUCGCUGCGUUUGUUUGGAGUUCGCUGCGUUUGUUUGGAGUUUAGAUUCGCAAUUUACAUUUUUAUCUUAAAAUACUUCCUCAUUCACUAAAUAUUUAUCUCUCCUACUUGGGGUGAACAAUCUCCUAACACACUCAUACAAACAAAUCUACUUUUAAACGUUCUGUUUCUCGAGCAUCCGCUUGGUGUUUGUAGCUUUAGCCUGCUAGCACCGCUGGUCAGCUAAAGCUACCAACCCCUUUCACACAUUUAUUUUCUCACUUUCUGGCUUUGCUCUUCACCUUGUACAAUGUCGCUUGCGUGUCUGUCCUUGAGUGCAGGAGAGGCAUCGAUGGAGGCGCUGGAGCUGGAGCUGGAAGCGGUGGAGUCCCAGAUUCGCUCGCUGGAGACGAAGCGAGAGGGCAUCAGGGCUCUGCUCUUAACCCGUACUCGCUCGUCUGAGGUAAGUGUCCGAUACAACGACAAUCUCCCAGUUUCUUCAACCCCGCGUGUUUCUCUGUCCAGGCCCAGCGCACCGAGGACGCGGUGCACCCAGGCGUCGUUCACGCCGACUCCCGGCUACCACGGCCCCUGGGUGCAACCGCGUAAGGUGCUUGCCAGGUCCCGGGGCAGAACGUCUCCUCCUCCGGUGUUCGAGAUCCCCACGGAGAACCGCUUCGCCCCUCUCCGCGAGACGGGUCGCGAUGUUGCCAUCAUUGGCGACUCAAUCGUCCGCCACGUCCGCUCCACUUCCUCCAAAGGUAACAAAGUACGCACUUUCUGCUUCCCUGGUGCCCGAGUUAAGAAUAUUUCUGCACAGAUACCUACUAUCCUGAGCGCUGCCGAGAGCCUCGGUGCCGCCGUCCUCCACGUGGGGACGAACGACACCGGGCUCCGGCAGACGGAGAUCCUGAAGAAGGACUUCAGGAGCCUGAUCGAGACGGUUCGACGCACUUCGCCCGCCACGCAGAUCAUCGUUUCUGGACCGCUUCCUACCUACCGCCGAGGAAAUGAAAGGCUUUUCCGCGCUGACGGGCUGCACCCCAGUCGAGCUGGAGCUGAACUCCUGUCGGACAACAUCACCAGAAUACUUCGCUCUAUCUGACUAGUAAGUAAAAAUUCACAAAACUCACAAUUUAGCCACACAGACUCCUAUUCGUCCCACAAAAAUAACACUAAUGCAUACCUAACUAACCACAUAGAGACUGUGUCUGUUCCUCGUAUUAUUAGAUCAAGAAACAAACGUACUGUGUGCUCCAAAAAUAAUCUAUUAAGAAUUAAACCAGAAAAAACACGAAAAAGUGAAAAUACAAAUUUCAUGAAGCUUGGUCUCCUAAACAUCAGGUCACUAGCACCUAAAGCACUUAUCAUAAAUGAAAUAAUAACAGAUAACAAUCUUAAUGCACUCUGUCUCACUGAAACCUGGCUGAAACAAAAUGACUAUAUUAGUUUAAAUGAGGCAACUCCUCCAGGAUUCUUAUAUAAACAUGAGGCUCGUCAAACUGGUCGUGGUGGUGGAGUUGCGUCAAUCUUUAGUGAUAUUCUUAAUGUUAAUCAGAGAAACGGACUUAUGUUUAGCUCCUUUGAAGUACUAGCGCUUAAUGUUGUCCUUCCAAACACUAUGCAAAAACCUAUGUUAUCUCUCGCUCUAAUCACCAUAUAUAGACCUCCAGGACCCUAUGUCAAUUUUCUAAAGAGUUUUCUGAUUUUAUCUCUGACUUACUAGUUAAAACUGAUAAAAUACUAAUUGUAGGAGACUUUAACAUCCACAUAGAUGACGCUAACGACACGUUAGGGCUCGCGUUUACGGACUUGCUGGUCUCACUAGGAAUAAAGCAAAAUGUUAUUGGUCCAACUCAUCGCCUAAAGCAUACACUAGAUCUAAUUCUGUCU